CCCAAACAAAAUAAUCCGGCGAUGCUGGAUGUUCCAGCCACGGCCGUGCCGGUCCCGCCGCCGGGCACAGCUUCGCCUCGUAUUUUCCAGCGCCGUUCCCCUCCUCCCGGCCCUGCCCGGCUCGGCUGAGCGCCCUCAGCGGCGGCCGAGUUGCCAAGAGAAAGGAGCGGAAGGAUCUCCUAGGGACGCGGCUGCGCUGCCUUGAGGAGAGAGGGUGACAGAGGAAGUAGUUCCGGCCCUGAUUGGGCCUUGUUUCCCAAAAAUAGCGCCCAGCGGGUAUCCGUGCGCCGGUGUCAGUGUCUCCUGAGGAGCCUCGGCGGGAGCGGCGGCGGCGGGCGCGGGGGGACGCGGGCGGGGUUUAUAAGAAGAAAUAGAAAUCUGUUCUCAAGCUGAAGACAAAGUAUAAGAAAACAGUAUCAUGUGUUAGAAUACUGAAGAGUGAAAUUUCUUGGAUUAGUAUAUUUCUGGAUUGCAAAGGAAAAGAAAGAAGAGGUGAAAAUGGGGAGAAAGAAAAUACAAAUCACACGAAUAAUGGAUGAACGGAACAGACAGGUCACCUUUACAAAGAGGAAGUUUGGAUUAAUGAAGAAGGCAUAUGAGUUGAGUGUACUCUGUGACUGUGAAAUAGCACUCAUCAUUUUUAACAGCUCUAACAAACUCUUUCAGUAUGCCAGCACUGAUAUGGACAAAGUUCUACUUAAAUACACAGAAUACAACGAGCCCCAUGAAAGCAGAACCAACUCAGAUAUUGUUGAGACCUUAAGAAAGAAAGGCCUUAAUGGUUGUGAGAGCCCUGAUGCUGACGAUUACUUUGAGCACAGUCCACUAUCGGAGGACAGAUUCAGCAAACUAAAUGAAGAUAGUGAUUUUAUUUUCAAGCGAGGCCCUGCUCUGAACAAGAAGGAACACAGAGGGUGCGACAGCCCGGACCCUGACACUUCAUAUGUGCUCACGCCACAUACAGAAGAAAAAUAUAAAAAAAUUAAUGAAGAGUUUGAUAAUAUGAUGCGGAAUCAUAAAAUCGCACCUGGCUUGCCUGCUCAGAACUUCUCGAUGUCAGUUACGGUUCCAGUGUCCAAUCCCAACACUUUAACCUACAGUAACCCAGGGAGUUCCCUUGUAUCCCCAUCGCUGGCAGCCAGCUCAUCCUUAACAGACACCACCAUGCUCUCCCCUCCUCAGACCACCCUGCAUCGCAACGUAUCACCUGGGGCCCCCCCCCAGAGACCACCGAGUACCGGCAACGCAGGUGGAAUGCUGGGGACCGCUGACCUCACAGUGCCAAAUGGAGCUGGUACCAGUCCAGUGGGGAAUGGGUUUGUGAAUUCUCGAGCUUCACCAAGUCUACUUGGAACUACUGGUGGUGGGAAUGGCUUAGGCAAAGUCAUGCCUACGAAAUCUCCACCUCCACCUGGAGGAGGUAAUCUUGGAAUGAACAAUCGCAAGCCUGACCUCCGUGUUGUCAUCCCACCCUCCAGCAAGGGUAUGAUGCCACCAUUGUCGGAGGAGGAUGAAUUGGAGUUGAAUGCCCAAAGGAUAAGCAGUUCUCAGUCUACACAGCCUCUGGCUACCCCUGUGGUGUCGGUGACGACUCCGAGCCUGCCUCCCCAGGGACUGGUGUAUUCGGCCAUGCCCACUGCCUACAACACUGAUUACUCCUUGACUAGUGCAGACCUGUCUGCCUUGCAGGGAUUUAACUCCCCAGGAAUGCUGUCCCUCGGGCAAGUGUCUGCCUGGCAACAGCACCAUCUCGGUCCAGCCGCCCUCAGCUCUCUCGUUACUGGCAGCCAGCUAUCUCAGGGUUCAAAUUUAUCCAUUAAUACCAACCAAAACAUCAACAUCAAAUCUGAACCAAUUUCACCUCCCCGGGACCGUGUCACUCCCUCUGGGUUCCCGCAGCAGCAGCCCCAGCAGCAGCAGCAGCCCCAGCAGCAGCAGCAGCAGCAGCAGAGGCAGGAGCUGGGCCGCUCCCCUGUCGACAGCCUCAGCAGCUCCAGCAGCUCCUACGACGGCAGCGACCGGGAAGACCCCAGGAGUGAUUUCCAUUCUCCUGUGGUGCUGGGAAGGCCGCCCAAUUCCGAAGACAGGGAGAGUCCGUCGGUAAAACGAAUGAGGAUGGACACGUGGGUGACAUAAACCUGCAGUGUUGCCUCCUCCGUUUGGUGUUCUCAAAAUGAACUGUCCUGACAUAUCUAAAUUUAUAAAUAAGGACAUAAGUAUAUUUAUAUGUAUAUACAUACGUGCAUAUAUAUAUCUUCACAUGCAUAUAUAUGUGCUAGUGUGUGUAGCAUACACAGAAUCAUCAGGCACUUACGACAAACUUCUUGUAUAGCUGCAGAUGUCCCAUGGUAAAAUGUAACAGAACAAUCCUGUAGGUAUUGAUCUAGUCUGGCACUUACCUGGAAUUGUUGUUUUAAUAAUAUAACCUGUUUUGCAGAGAAACAUUGUACCCGCAUUAUAAUCCUACCACACUAGAUUGCAGAAACCAAGAGGGCUCGCCUGUAGUCAUGUCCCUGUGUGUUUUAUUCAAGCUGUAUGGUUACUUGUAGUUAAGAAAUAAUGCUUUGUAGCAGCAGAGCAGUAGAAAAGCAGGAAGAAGAAAGCAAUACUGUACAUAAAAUGACCUUUAUAUUACCCAACCUGGCAUGGGUCUCUAUUGCAGAGGGUGCAUGGAGAAGGGCUGAUGCUGUAAGAAAAAAAACAAAAACCCUGUUUUGCACGUGCAAAAAAAAUUAAAUAAAUAGUGUAUUGGGUCAAAGAAGUGAUUUUUUUAAUGAGUGAAAGAGAGACAUAGAGAACUCGCAUGAACUAUUCAGAAAAUAUUAGCCUAGAAAAUAGAACAUUAACAAAGUAAAAUUAAUAUAUUAAGUUAUAAUUGGAAGAUGUUUGACAAAUUUGUUUUUACGUUCAUACCUUUGAAAAAUAUAGAAACGGAUUUUAGCUCAUGUAUAUUUUAUAUUAAAGAAAACAAUACCCUAAUGAAUUGAAGACUAUAUAUAAAGUUAUAUACAGUACUUUUGAACACAUUCUGCUAUGAAUUAUUUAUAUAAGCCAAAGCUGUAUGUUGUAGCUUUUUUGUAGAGUAUAGUUUUAUCUUAUUUUGACUUUCUAGUUUUUGCUUUCACAGAUGAAAAGGAAAAACUUGCAGGCGGAACCUUGGGGGAAAAAUAAGCCAUGAACACUUAUAUGUAAAUUUAAAUUUGAGCCAAACUCUGUGUAUAUAGCAUCCUAAAUAUAUUAUCACCUUUGGUGUAAGUACCUACGUAUUGUACGUUCACCAGAUUAAAAAGUAUAUUUUUGUGGAUUGACGCCGACUUGAAAAAAGGCGAGGUCCUUAUUAAGUAGAGUAUUCACUGUUUAAUAUUUACUAUUUUGUUAAAUAUACUGUACUUUCUUUGGAUUUUAAUUAUUAUUAAUAUUAUUAUCCAGAUUUUUCAGAGGGUGUAUAAAGGGGUUGUCCCCUCACUGGUGGUGAAUGUGUGCCGUUAAAUUGUAAUCUCUGUGCUGUAUGGUUAAGCUUCAUUAUACAUUUUAUAUAUAUGUAUAUAAAUAGCAAAGUGGCAAAAAAAAAAAAAAAUCCGGUGUAAGUUCAUCCUGCAUAAAUAUAAAAAAAAUCUGUUACAACACAUUUUAAGGCAUCAUUUUAAAGCUGCCUCUUAUGAGGAGGAAAAAAAUUAACAGUGGAAAAACUUGACCUAAUUUCUCCUGAUAGGGAAGUAACACAUAUCAGACGAGCACAAAAGGUUUUUUUAAGUUGGUAAGUGGUUUGGGAUAAAGGCUCAGAAAUUAAUUCCCUGUUCCUCUGUGCUGCUUCCAUGAAACAGAGUGAGGAACCGGGGGGCCCAUGGUGCCCCAGCAGCUGCCUGGGAGAAGGUGGUGGUUUGUCCUUGGAUGUGGUGGUGACCCUGGCCCAGCCGUGCGGGGACAGGACAGCCCGGGCAGCGCCCUCGCUCCAGGUACCUUUGCAGCCCUGCUCAGACCCAUCCAUCCUGGGGCAGGAGCUGGGUUUGAGAGCCAGAAGUCCCAAGAGCCAAGAGCUCACUACCCUGGGGCUGGUGGAGAUGAUUUCAGCUGAGGAGGGUCCUCACCCCAGUCCAGUCUCUUCCCAUUGUCACCUUCCUGCACCUGCUCUGUGUGCAUUUGUACUGGGAACCAAACUGAGGAGAUGCCAGUAGAUCUUCCUGCUGGUACUUCUAGUUCUGGGGAAGAAACCAGAGGGCUGUUCUGUUACCCAAAUGGCUUUAAAAGUUACCCCUGAUAUUUAUUAAAUUGUUGCUUGGGCUUUAUUUUUUUUUUUUGUCAUUUAAAAAGAAUGAUUUUUUAAUAGCAAGUAACAAAGGUGUGAGAAUGGGGAUCCAAGGAUCAUCUCCUGGGCUGCUGGCUUUGGUGUGUGACUGAAGAACAGUCGGUACUUGCAGCUUCCAGCCCUGCUCUCCUGUUGCCAUGGGAACCUCAACAAACCACAGGUUUCAGCUCCUUUCAGCCACUUACCUUGGGAAAUUGUUCUCUCUUUCUUGAAGUUAGUUACUGGUUUACAGAAGUGUGGAGGAAAAUGAGACUCUAAUGGCAACUCUGUUUCCAAAGCGACUGAAUCCACUUACCACUUCAGAGAACCUUUUAAUGCUCUGGAAAGUUAGGAGAUUUUUCAUUAUUUAUGCACCUCUGAACUUUGCUGUACAUCUGAGUGGGAGUUCUGCAUUCACAUUUACUGUCUAUUUUCUUGUGUGCCUUAUAAGAUGGCUUUGCUGACUGUAUCUCAAUAGUCUUUAUUUCUAUGCAGGUUUUUAAACAGUACUACUACUGUUUUCUUAAAGAAAAAGAAGCUACAUAAGGGUUAGAGUUUGUAUUGAAAUUGCACCAAUGAAUUAAACAAAAAUAAUCAUCAGUUCUUAAGAACUGUGACUGGGACUGCUCACGUGUUGCCCCCAACCCUCCAACAGCCUCAGCAGAACAAGUCUGCUCAGACCUCCCCAGGCAGGGGGAAACUCACCACGGUGAAUAAAUGGGAAUCCAGAUUUUUAAUAACAGGUAACUAACUUUGGAACAUGCUUUUUUUAAGAAUUGUAAAAAAGUUUUAUAAAAAAAAAUAUAUUAAAAAAAAAGGUCAUAGCACAGAUAUUUCAACAGGUUAAAAAGAAUACUUUUUUUAAUUAAUGAAGUUGCAAGCGGAUCCAAUCCUAGUCCGGACCCAUUGGAGUGGGAAUGAUUUCAGAUUUUUAUCUGCUGUUGUGACAAAUCACCUCUCCAUCUGCCAGCUCUCACUGUAGUGUUUGAAGAUACACGUUAUCAGGGAUUCGUCAGAGCAAAACGCUUUAGCCUUUCACCCAAAGGACACUAACGCAUCAGAAACUUGCGAAUUGCUGAGCGCACAAGAAAUACAUAGUAAAUAAGGAACAAAACAACUCCUAACAAUUGAUCACGGGAAGAAGUGAAAUCAGAAUGUGAAAGAAAGACUUAAACAAAUGUAAACAUUUAAAUCCUAGUAGAAACUUUCUUCACUUUGCUGUGCAAGAGAACACUGCUUUGCUAUAUUUAAAAUGGCUUUUUUAAAAGAGAUUUAUGUAUUUGGUAAAUGUUUGUAGUCAACAGUUCACAAAGAAGCUGUUCACGGUUUCCUGACAAGCCGUUUGGCGGCACAAGCUGGACUUUGUUGCCAUCCUUGAGACGAAUCUUUUAAGAAAAAAAAUAAGUUAAUCUCAAUUUUUUCCCUGAAUGUGUUGUUUUUUCUUCAAUAUACAAUAAAUAUUCUAGUGAACUUUUUAUCAAAUGGUUAAGAAAAUGCUAGAGGUUGUUGUAAAAUAUUUGUAUCCUGCAUUCACUAAAGUAAAGAUACUGGCUUUUACUGUGUA